AUGUAAUUUGUGAAUUAAACUCCAUCCCCAAAGAAAUCACUUAAUACAAUACAAGGUCAAUAAGGAAAAACAUAUAAGAAAAUAAAGUCUGUGAAAAAGACUUCAAAAUAAUUAGAGAUUCCUCUUAUUUCCACUUAGCGAACAUUAAAGACUACAGAUUAAAUUUUAUCUUAACGAAGUCCUAUUACUGCUACAACAAAAACAACAAAAUAUACUAUUGAAACAAAACGGAGUAUGUCUCCUGAAGAAAUAAAAACUUUUAGAAAAAGUAAUAAGACAUAAAAAAAUUAGAAAGACACCAAUAAGACAAAACAAAAAUCUCCUUUAUCUUCUGAAAAAUAAUAUCCUAUCAACAAAUUGUUUAUACAAGAAUACAUAAAGGAAAAAUAGAAAUCAAUUCAGUUGAAAGAAAAACUUAGUUAAUAGAAAGUCUUAAAUGAUAAAUAAAAAAAGUAUUUUAGAUAAAUUUAUAUUUGUUAGAUUAUUCAAUCUGUAAAAAUUAGAAUUAGAAACUAAAAAGAUAUUUCAAAAUACUAAAAAAACAAAAAAGAAAACUUCUAAAAAAAAAAAGUUAAACAAUAAAAAAUUUAAUUAGAUUAUUAAAAGAUUUGAAGAAUUAUCCAAAAGGUAUGAAAAAGUUCAACUUGAUUAAAUUGCUAAAUUUUAAUUAGAAGUAGCUAAACAUUAAUAAUCUUAUUAAACUUAAACUGACAAUUAAUCCUAAAUUAAUAUUAAUUAAGAUGAAUUAGAUAUGUUUGAUGAGUAUUAUUAACAUUAAGCAGCAUUAUUAAUUUAAAUUCAUUGGAGAGAAUAUAAAAAAUAAAAAGAGAACAAGAAAUAGAAAAAAAAUAAAGCAUCAUUAUCUAAAUUUUAAUAAAUCAGCUUAGAUUUAGAAUAACAAUAAUUGGUAUCUUAAUAAACAUCUCCAAGCAAUUAUGAGGAUGGUUUUCUAUUUUGUUAAGGAGGAGAAAAAUAAGUUCAUAUUUCAAAUAUAAGAAGUUCAAUAAUUUCUGAAGAAUCAUCCCCUGUUGUUAAUUAAUUAAAUUAAGAAUUUGAAAAUUGGAAUCUAUUUACUUAAAGAAUAGUUAAGGAUAAAGAUAUUACAAGCAUAAAUAAAUAAAUGUAAUAAUAGAUUAUAUCUAUUAUUUAAAAUCAUUUAAAAUAAUCUCAAAAUAUAUCAGAAAGAAAGAGUGAAAAUGAAAUAAUAUAAGAUAGAAGUAUGAAUAAACAUCAAAAAUAAUUAAGUGAAGAUCUGUCUAAAACAAAUGUAUUAAUGUUAUAAAGAAAAUCUUAAUUAGAAGAAAACUUAGUAUUAAAUUAUAGAGAGGAAGCUUUAUAUCUUAGAUAUGAUGUAGAAUAAAAAAAUACUUCAGAAAAAGAUCAUUAAUUACUUGAAGAUUGGUUGAAUAAGGAAUUAGAAGAUUUAUAAAACACAAGAAAAGCUUUUGAGAUGGGUCACCGAAGAGAAAUCUCAACAAUAAAAAAAAUAUAAAGAGAUAUACUAAUAGCAUCAGCAGAACUGUAGAAUGAUCCAUAGGAUACUUUUUAGAUUUAACUAAUAUAAUAAUAAAUAGAUGAAUAAUUUAAUGGUCUAAAGGUUACAAAACAUAAUGAUAAAUCAUAAUAAGAAAUAUAAGAAACAGUAGAUUUAGUAACUACUGAAAUAUUAAAUGAAAUGAUGAUAGAUGUCGCUGAUGAAGUAUUAAAUAAAAAAGAUGAUCUUUACUUAAUUAUUUCAAAUCUUAUUGUUAAUUAGGAUGAAUCACCUUGUGUUCCUACUUCAAUGGCUGAUAUCGAAUAAUAUAUAGACAAUCUCUUUUAAUAUAUAUUAAAAAAUCAUAAAUAAUCCCUAGUUCUAAAUUUGAAUACUUCUUUUGGAUUUACUCCUAUUUAAAGACUGAGAUUAAUUCAUGGAAAUGAAGAUGAUGAUAUUGAUAAUAAUAAAGAAUUCUAAGAAUAAAUUGCAUUCCCAAUAGAUGAGACUAUUUUUGUAGAAUAUGAAAAUUAGAGAAUGCCAAUAACAGAAAAUGAAGAUGAGAUUGGUAGUGCUAUUUUGGAGUUGUAGCAUAUUCAUAAUAAAGCAAUAUUUGAUGCUUGUAAUGAAGUUUUGAAUCGUUAUAGACCUUAUUAUUAUAGUAAAUAUUUAAAUAAAUUAAGAUUCUGGUAUAAAAUAUCCAUGGGAAUAAAAGGGAAUUAGUUUAUAAACAAUUACAAAUGAAAGAUUAACUCAAAUAUUGGAAGAAGUGAAAUCAAUAGUAUUAAAAUAAAGCAAGAUUUUGUGUGGAUUUUACCCAACUGAAGAUUAUGAAAUAAUUAAAGAAGAAAAAUAAGAAAUAAUUGAAGAGAAAAAUAUAUUGAUGCUAAUGCAACAAUUAAAUUUAGUUGAAAAUCCUUUAUUAGUUGAUACUAAUAUUUAAUUUGAUAAUUUGGCAUUAAUUAGAGAUGAGUAAUUAUACAAAUUACUUGUUGAAGAUGUAAAUUAUUUAGAAUAUGUUAUAGAAUAAAGAACAAGAAUAUAAAUGGAUGUUAAUUGAGGAUGAAAAAGCUGAAUAUUUAAUGGAAUUAAGUGAUUAAAUUUUAGAGAAUCUUAUAGAGGAAUUUUCGAGAGAAUUGUGA